AUGACAAGGGUUAAGGCAGUCCUAGAAGCGUUGAAAUAUUUUGCAUCCAAGGAAGAGAGUUCUAGAACAUGUGUGAUUGUUUCUCCGUUGAUAGUGUGCGAAACAAGUAUACAGAGUCGAGGAAAUGUAACCGAACAUGAUCGGUUUUGCUCCAACAUCAUAUCAACAGCACUAAAGUCAUUUAAUAUGGACAUAGAUGCUGACAAUGUCAUCGUGAAUCCCAAAGAGAACAUUCUCGGCAAAACAAUAUCCAACAAUCUUGAAAAAAGAGUCAUGCAGUGUUUUCUCAAUGUGAGCACCCAAUUACAGGAUUUCAUCGGUGAUAGACGUGUUGCCGCAGACGCGAUAGAUAUUUUAGAAUCGGAGCAACUAAUAACUUCAAUACAGGGAUUUCUGAAAAAUGGAUUAGGAUUUGUAGAUAUGCUAGUUUCCAGAAAAGAUGAACCUUUCAUAAACACUGUGCUAGGCAGUUUAGUUCAAGUUAUUCGAUGUGCUGUUAUGACACCACUGUCUGCCAAAUACAGUUUAUCCGAAGAUACAUGCAAUCGCUUUGCUCAUGAGAUCAACCUUGAAAGCAGCCUGAUCCAAAGCGUCUCAAAAAACACACGCUACCAUCUGUCGAAGCUUCAAAAGCCUUGUGAAGAAAUGUUAAAAGCCACAGAAUCAGGUAACAAGUCGCACCACUUUCCUGGCAGAAAUUUCGUAUUUAUUGCAUAUCCAUUGCGUGAAGAUAUCAAAACAGCCCUCGAGAAGUUUGAAGAAAGGCUAAAUGGCAUGAGGCGUGCUGCAUCUACGAUGAGGAAGAUGUUGUACGAGAUCAGCGGAUAUCUCUAUCGCUCUGUCAUUAAUCAAGAGGCCGAUAUGAAAAGUAUUCCAAGAGCGAUACCAGAAAAACUAAGGGAAGAAAUAAUGGCAGUUGAUGGUGUAUAUGGCAUGGGGACAAUCUAUGGGCGAAUAGAGGUUCAUCUAAAGAAAAUGGAAAUUGAGAAGAAAGCAGUAGUUCAGAGAAAGGUUUGUGAACUUAUUGAUCAGUUCAAAUUAACCCAGCCGUACCGAGUGGUCAGUAUUUUGCAAGAGCCAAAGAAGUUUUGUUUCGAGACCGGCCGUCAUAUUGAAUGUCCAUGCCCGCAAAUAGGUGGGGCAGUUCUGUCGUCGGGUACUUUGGGUGGUUUCGUCUAUGAUAAAGAUGGUAAUCUAUACGGUCUGACUUGUGCUCAUGUUGUCCAUGGAGAGCACAACGCGCAACAUGAUGUCCUUAUUGCAAGUGAAACACAAGGAAGGCGUUUAUUUGCGAGAAGUCUGCCUGAAAUGACCAUUUCUGCAAAUGCUGACAACCGUUCUUUGAUUGACAUCGCUGCAGUAAAAGUAAAACAGGAAAUUCAAGCGCAGUGUACUGUUGACCUUAAAGACGAUGAUGGAAAUAAAAAGCCAUCAGAGCUAUACACAAACGCACCGAAUGAAAUUGUUUACGAGAAUGUUUACAAAUACGGGGCUGGUUCAAAUCUUACAAGAGGCAUCAUAAGCUCCACCGACUACACCGUGUAUUCUGGUGCAGCCGAGAGCGAUCACCUUGUCCUGAUAGAGUGUCCGCCCGGAAGCGAUGACGGUCCAUAUGCUAAAGAAGGGGAUAGUGGCUCGAUUACCUGCAUGACCUGCCUGACUGAUAUAGAUAAUCAUGUUGUCAAAAUAAAAGCAGUCUCAAUGUUAUGCCUAGGACAAUUUGUUUUGGAAGACGAGGAAGAGAUAUGUAUGUCAUUUCUGUUGAAUAAAGGAAUAGAGAAAUUGAAAGAGUCAACUGGUGUAGAUCUGCUACUACCAGCAGCUUAUAUGGGGCUAGUUACCAAAUGAUUUUUUAUGCCCCCGAAGGGAGGCAUAUAGUUUUUGAACCGUCUGUCAGUCUGUCGGUCUGUCUGUCCGCAAUUUUCGUGUCCGGUCCAUAUCUUUGUCAUCGAUGGAUGGAUUUUCAAAUAACUUGGCAUGAAUGUGUACCACAGUAAGACGACGUGUCGCGCGCAAGACCCAGGUCCGUAGCUCAAAGGCCAAUGUCACACUUAGACGUUAAAGGUCAUUUUUCAUGAUACUGCAUUCGUGUCCGGUCCAUAUCUUUGUCAUCGAUGGAUGGAUUUUCAAAUAACUUGGCAUGAAUGUGUACCACAGUAAGACGACGUGUCGCGCGCAAGACCCAGGUCCGUAGCUCAAAGGUCAAGGUCACACUUAGACGUUAAAGGUCAUUUUUCAUGAUAGUGCAUUCGUGUCCGGUCCAUAUCUUUGUCAUCCAUGGAUGGAUUUUCAAAUAACUUGGCAUGAAUGUGUACCACAGUAAGACGACGUGUCGCGCGCAAGACCCAGGUUCGUAGCUUAAAGGUCAAGGUCACACUUAGACGUUAAAGGUCAUAUUUCAUGAUAGUGCAUUGAUGGGCGUGUCCGGUCCAUAUCUUUGUCAUUCAUGCAUGGAUUUUAAAAUUAUUGGGCAUGAAUAUGUACCACAGUAAGACAACGUGUCGCGCGCAAGACCCAGGUCCGUAGGUCAAAGGUCCUAAACUCUAACAUCGGCCAUAACUAUUCAUUCAAAGUGCCAUCGGGGGCAUGUGUUAUCCUAUGGAGACAGCUCUUGUUUUUGCAUAAAAUGCACUUUAAAAUCAAGACUUUUUUCUGGUAACAUUUUAGCUCACCUGAAAUUGUUAAAGGUGACCAUUUUCCUUUGUAACUACAGGUGAAAAAUUACACCAACUGUGGUCUACAUUUGUUCAAGUGGUUCAACAUAAUGCCUUCAAGGUACCACAAGAGCUAACAACACAAAAAUCUUCAAAUAACUUCUUCUAGUGAAUAACACGAUGGAUCCUUACCAAACUGGUCUGUGGCAUCCUUGAACAAGCCUUUUUCAAGUUUAUUCAAAUUGUUACGUUUGAGUCCUUUAUGGGUCCACAUGAACUUUAAUACAAAACUCUUGAGAUACCUUCUUCUUACGAAAUACUAGAAAGACUUUCACUUCACCUGACCUGUAGCAUCCUUGUAAAAUUUGUUUUACCUUUUGAUGUUUUUUUUUUUUAAAAAAAAAAAGACCAGAACGAUUGCCUCGUUGUAUGGGUAUCCCAGACUUACAGUAGAAAACAUAGUUCAAAUGGUUCUACUUGAUCCCUUGAAGAGGCUGUCAGAGCUAAAAAAAAAAUAGAAGAAAAGACCUUUAAACAACAUCUCAUGAACCCCUUUAAGGACCUUCAUCAAACAAGGUAUGUUGCAUCCUUAUAUGGAUCCCUCUCUAAUUUGUCAAAUGGUUCAGCUUGACCGUUUUUAGGUGCCGUCAAACCUUACAAUAAAAAGAAAAAAACCUUCAAACAACUUUGUCUUAAGAACCGCUUGAUGGAUUUUCACAACACGUGGCCUGUAACAUCCUUGUAUGUUUCAAGUUUGGUUAAACGUUUUUUAUUGAGCACACAUCUAACAUUUGCAAUACGGCGUCCUGCAUUUUUCUCCCUAAUUAUAUAACCCUUUGCUAUUUGUGUGAGUAGUCCAUAGACACGACACUUUAGAAAACUUUUUUUAUUUUGUUAACCAAUCAGUUUCUUUCACUUUAAAGUAAGCGCUUGGCUGGCUGAAACAUAAAAUUAAACAGGUUUAAGCUUUCAGCAUGUCUUACAGGACCAAAGUCACGCAUGUUAAAUUUUGCAGAUGUGACAGCAUAAAUAUGUUCGCCCUAGAUAUGGUUCGAUACAGUUACAAUGCCUUUUCUUUCCUUUGCGAAUUUUUAUAGCUGUAAAAAACAUAUAUUUUUGUUCAAAAGUUCAAAAGUACAGUCAAGAUUAUUUCUUACUUACAUCUUUAGCUUUUAUUCAUAACAACAUCGAUUUAGCUGUAGAUUUCAAUUUGCAGCUGUGAAAUGACUGUAAAUCGGCUCGAAUUAUACAAAGGAGAUAAACAAAUAACAAAAAUGAUCUAGUAAGUAAAUAACAAUAUUUGAUAUGUUAACAGUAUUUCAGUUGCAAAAUUAAGAGUAUGAUACAAAGUAGAAACUAAGUAUCACAUCUUGUUUAUAAAUCUUCUUUUGUCAUGAAAACAUAUUACAAUCUUAUAAUUAUUGUCACCCAAGGUGACAUAAUAGGUGGGGGAGACGUAUUGUUUUUGCCUUCGCCGUCUGUCCGUCCGUCCGUCCGAAUUUAAGCUUGUCCGACUUUCACAGGUCAAACUGCUGGCCGGAUUUCGACGAAACUUCACAGGAGUGAUCAUAACCAAGCCUAGUUGUGCAUGUCGCCGAAACGAUCUGCUUCGCUGCACAAAAUGGCCACCAGAGCUAAAGAUAGAAACAUUUUGUCCAGCUUUCACAGGUUAAAUUGCUGGCUUGAUUUCGAUGUACAUGUCGUAAAGUCUUCGAGUGCACUGGAAUUUUGAAAAGUUUGGCAAUUUUAUAUGUGUUUAUCAAUGUACAUCAAAUAUAUACACACAUUUUUGCAAGAAAAUGAAAUAUUUGCCAAGAAGUGAUAUUGCAUGUUUACUUUUUUAAGUGUACAUAUCGGUUCAGAAUUCCAUAUUUGGGCAAUUUGACUAUAUAUGUCUCAAAAGUUUCAAUUUUACGUACUCUUAUUGGAGUAAAUAUUAAAUGAAAAUAAGGAAAUGAAAUGCAGCGAAGUAACAUGCAUGUGUAAUAUAUUGACUCUACACUUCCUUGAAAUUCUGAGUUACUUAUUCUGUAUUUUUUCUCACACUUGUGUAUCAAUGAGUUUUGCGAAAGUCUCGGUUUUAGUGUUCUCAGGCCUUAAUAGAAAGUGAUGCUGCAAUAAUAAAAACAAUACAAUUACUUUACACGAUAAGUUUUAGUACAAUUAAUGUUUUAUUAUAAGACUGCGUGAGUAUAUCCACUUCACUGAAUGAUACAUUGAUGGCAAAAAUGAUAUGCAGCAUGUCCGGUUAAAAAUCUUCAUUUUGAGUGUAACUGCCUUUGGGGCCUCAUGAAUCAUAUAUGAAAAUUCAAAGAAAAUGGAAUAUGUCUUAGUUUUUAUAUGCACUGGAUACUAUAGAGGAUAAACAUUCAUUUCUUAAUUACAUGUACAUGUUAAUGCGAAUGUACCGUAAAUUUUAACAUAGUGGAUACGUCAGAUCAACAUGUAAAUGCCGUCUGGCGGAGAACCCCCAUUUUAGGGCCUCUUAGUCUUUAAUUUUACUUGAAAAUUACAUUUAUACCUUAAAUUAAAUUAUAUAGUUGAAUCUUCCCACUCAGUUAUAUUUUAGUCAGAUUUUCCUUAAAUGGCUGUAUUUUAGCCAUAUUCUAAUAGCUCUAAAUGGGUAGUGUAUUAUAAUAUAUUAAAGAUAAUAGAAAUGUUUGAAAGUUCUGAGAAACCUGUUCAUCUAUUUGUCAGCAACAUUCCAUUUCAGGUUAAGCAUUUGUUUCAAUUCAGUGUCAAUAUUACAUAAUUUUGAUGCGAAACAUUAUAGGAUAAUUUGUUUGCAUUUUAAUAUCAAUACAUUUCUUUAAAAGCAGUUUCAAAUGUUUCAACAUACGUUAACAGUUAUGCCUGACAUAUUGUUUGAUUAUAAGUGUCAUAACUAUGGUAACAAAUCUGUGAAAAGAUCCUUUUGAAGCAUAUAACGCAACCAAUUAACAUUAUAUCAGACUCGGUUGAACUGAGUCUGUUCAUGAGUGGUAAUAAAGCAACACCUCUCUCGCUUGAACGGAAUUCUAUUAUAGAAAAAAAAUGAAUGUUCUCCAUGUCCCAAAAGACCAGAAAAUAAAUCAACACGGACUUCAAAGCCUAACAUCGUUUGCGUCAAGCACAGUAUGACAUUUGCUGCUACUACAUGUAUAAUGAUUUUAAACAAGUUUCUAUCAGUCUUAGGCAUUAUGUUUACAUAUUAAUUUUUUCUUUGAUUUUCUUUUUCAUUUUUCUAAACAGGCGAAUAUAUGUCAUAAUAUAGAUCAUUUGACAUUAAAGAAGUACAUGUAUAUAUAAAUACUAUAUAUAGCUAUAUUGUCAGGAUAUUUACUGUUUAUUCACUAUUUCAGUUUCGGUUUUGUUAAAUUAUUACUCAAAUGUAUGUUGAAAUAAAGUUCAUGUAUACAUGGAAUGAGUGGAAUAAAGGUUUGUGACAAUAA